AUGAACAGCCACGUGUAUGGAGACCCCAACGACCCUGUCAAAGUUGCAGUCGUGCAAGCCGAGCCUUGUUGCCGUUUCUUGGCCAGGUUCGAUGUCGAAGCUGCAACUGUCAAGACAUGCGAACUCGUAACCGAAGCGGGCGCGAACGGUGCGAAGCUUGUAGCGUUUCCAGAGCUCUGGAUUCCCGGAUACCCCAACUUCAUCCAUGCUAAGGCAGCCAAGGAGACUAUUAAUUACAACCUCAAGUAUUACCGCAACUCCAUCGAUGUCCGGUCCGAGCACGUGGAGCGCAUCCGCAUGGCUGCCAGGAAUGCCAGCAUCAUGGUUGUCGUGGGCAUAUCGGAGCGCGACAAAGGCAGUCUGUACAUGGCCCAGACCUUCAUAGGCCCAGAUGGAGACGUGCUUCUCCACAGAAGGAAGUUCAAACCUACUGCUCAGGAACGAAUCCUAUUUGGUGACGCAAUUCAUGUUGCCUCAUGGCCAAAUCUCUUCCCUCCAGUCGGCAAAAUGCCCUUCUUCAAUACCGUCGAAUCGUGUAUGAUGGCUACCCACACCCUCGCCGUAGAAGGCGCAACAUUCGUUCUUCUCGCUUCAUCAACGCAGACGGAGAAAGGGCUUAUAGCCAACGGGCUUACGGAUGAGAGUGAACAUGCCGGUCAAGGGGAAAAGCCCCACACGGCGGUCGUAGGUGGUGGAUUUUCCGAGAUCAUCGCUCCGGAUGGUCGCACGCUGGUGAAGGCACCUAGCCCCACGUUUGAGGGUCUCCUCUAUGGAGAGCUCGAAUUCGACGAGAUCUACAUCGCAAUGAGCAUUGUCGACACGGUGGGGCAAUACUCACGCCCUGAUCUUUUCACUCUACAGGUCAGGAGCAAACUCAGGCGCCAAUGCGAAUACGACGAAACAAGCAAUAUUGAUCAUGUAUCAAGGUUUCCCGAUCUCCCGAUAGGAUAA